AGAUUCUCACCACUUCCUCCAUCGUUGUUGUCGGCUACAGUUGCGAGUUUGGCACGGGGGGUUGAGCAGUCGACAGGAAUGCAUCCACCAAUGGCCGGGGAGGCAGCGUUUUAUGAUCAGCGCAACGACUGCCGAGGCUAUGGGAUGGCCGGUCACUUCGAACGCCCACGUUUCGACAAUAGAGGAAGGCCACCGUUGAAUGCAGCACCAUACGUGCCUCCGGACACGCCUCCCUCGAACAGCUUCCAACCGCCCGCGGAGGGGUACCCAUUCCCGACGAUGUCCGAGCAUCCGGUGAGCAUGUCUUGCGACGCCUCGGAUAACGAACCCGUAAGCACUCCGCAGUGUGGGCAAGGCACACAGCAACCCAUUGACGCACAACCUCCUGCGACCUCCGCUCCUUCAAGUACCGGUGGUAGGGCGAGCGGGCGAAAGCCACGUCAAGGCCGGCAAGCUGCUCCUCGCUCCCCAGGCGCCGAUGGUGAUACCGAGGACGACGGUGAAGGAGGGAAGCAAAAGAAAAAGUCGUGGUCUUUGGAGGAGCGGUUGGCACUGGCGAAAUACAUGCAAGAGGAUGACGCAAUGAUGGCGGCCGUCCAACCGAGACAAAAACACCAGAGGCGAUCGGUGAGGAAUGAUUGGAUGGCGAGGCGAAUGAAGGAGGAUGGGUAUCACCGAUCGGCGGAGGACGUGCGGAAGAAAUGGGCUGACCUGCAAAACAAGUACGGGGAGAUCCACGACAAGUGCAGGGGGUCUGGGAAGCCGUCAUUCUGGGACAUGCCGGCCGAGGACAAGAAGAGGGAGGGCUUGACAUUCCUUUUGGAGGAAGAGUUGUAGGACGAGAUGGCGUGGGUGCAGGGGAAGAGGUCUACCAUGUGUGACAACACGAUGGAGUCCUCCUCGUUGCCUGGUGCACAUAGCGGGGGCUCGGAUAACGGAACCUCCCCUGGCACCCCAAAGGAAGAUUCUGAAAGCAGCAGGAAGUCCCGCCGGACUGAGAGAGGGAAAGCCUCGGCGGAGGAAUGGUGCAGCUCUUCGAGAUCCGGUUCAGGGUUUUCCAUGGAGGAGUCGACACGCACUCUAUGUGCUGGUCUCGGGGAUGCGGCGGGGACUCUCGCCCGGGCGAGUGCGGAAGGUGCACAGCAAAUGGCCACUCAAAUCGGUGCGGUUGCCAGUGCAAUGAAGGACGGUAACGUUG